CACGCUCUGCUCAAGCAACGAGGAGCUAGCUAGCGUCCAUUCCCCCAUUGCUUCGUCCUAUACCUAGCUCAGCGCUUACUUUUCCUCAACCGACGCGAUGCGAGGCCCCAACGCCGGGGCCUUCCAGCAAAGCUUCCUCAAGAACUUGAUCCUGAGCCUCCAGGCCUGCAGCGAAGCCUGCGUCUCAUCCUCGAGGAGCGCGAGCGCCGUGAUGAGCCUCCAGGAGAGGAAGCGCGCCAUCAAGUCGUCGGCAGACAUCGCCAUGGCCGCCGCCCGCGGCGGCGGAGCGCGGUGGCCGCGGGCCAUCCUGGCCUCUUCUUCUUCUUCGCUGUCGUCUAGGGCGGCGACGUGCAAGUCGCCGCCGGCGGGGAAGGUGCACAGGUGCAAGAGGUUUGUGAGGCGGUGUUUCCACGCGAGGAGGUCGAGACAUGGCGGAGCCGGUGCUUGUUCUCGUGCGAGAACGGCGACGGCGAUGGUGACUAGCGGCGAGGUUGCGAGGAGGCUGGUGAGGAAGAGGACCAAGGUGCUGAGGAAGAUGAUACCUGGGGGUGAGCUGCUCGACGAGAUCUCGUUGCUUCAGGAGGCCAUGGACUACGUCGCGCACCUGCACGCGCAAGUUGACGUGCUCCGGCGCAUCUCGAAUGCAGUGCGAUGAGAUCCGGUGUUACCAGGGCUUUUGCACCAAGUGCGUGCCUCCCUGGAGGAAUUUAAAGGGCGGUUCAAUUUUCAGGCGAAAUGGCGGAUAGAUUGUCCUGGGUAGCAGGUAUUCAGAAAGGGGAGGAAAGAUCACGUAGAAAGUACGCCGCCAGCUGGGAAGUUGAUGUGAGAAAACAUAAUGUCCCGGAUCAGCAUGUGGAAAUGAUGAAGAGUAGAUCGAACAUCUUGUAGGCUGCCGAGACACGACAGAUAGAAACAAUGCACGGCAGUGGCAGUGACUUCUGUACUCGAACCAAAGACACAUGCCAUCGUGGCGACUGUAAAGCUUUGCCGGCAGUAUUUUUCUGCAUCUAGUAUCUUUUGCUUUCUUUUUUGGUCAAUCGAAGAGAGAGACACUGCAAGGAGAGGAUACCUAGUCUGAAACAUGCCUCUAGAUGUAGUUCAGAUAUGAUGUAAGGGCUCGCUUUCUCUUUCCCUUUCUUUGCAGUAGUAAUUAAGUCAUCUAAUGCGCCUUGUUAUCCAUACUUGUGUAAUAACUGAAACUAUGUUUACCUGAAA